UCCAUGGAAUGUGCUCUCCGUGCCCACUGACCCUUGGUCAUUCGGGCUUCAGGCUGCUGACUCUCAGCUGGAACUUGAAGGGCUCCCCACCUCAACUCCAGACACUAUGGCCCUGACCGCAGAGUUGGGGAGGCAGACACAGCUGAAAGAGGUGGCGGGCAACCCACUCGAGCCUGCCACGGGGGACAACUGGAGUCAGAUCCAGAGCUUUCAGGCCAAGCCCGACGACCUCCUCAUCUGCACCUACCCGAAGUCAGGCACAACGUGGAUUCAGGAAAUCGUGGACAUGAUAGAACAGGAAGGGGACGUGGAGAAGUGCCGGCGCUCCAUCAUCCAGCACCGCCACCCUUUCAUCGAGUGGGCGCGGCCGCCACAGCCCUCGGGUGUGGACAAAGCCAAUGCGAUGCCCUCACCCCGAACCCUAAGGACUCACCUUCCCACUCAGCUGUUGCCUCCAUCAUUCUGGGACAAAAACUGCAAGUUUCUUUAUGUAGCUCGAAAUGCCAAAGACUGUGUGGUUUCCUACUACCAUUUCCAAAAGAUGAAUCAGAUGCUUCCUGACCCUGGGACCUGGGAAGAGUUUGUUGAAACCUUCAUCAAUGGAAAAGUGAGUUGGGGCUCCUGGUUCGACCAUGUGAAAGGAUGGUGGGAGAUCAAAGACAGAUACCAGAUUCUCUUCCUGUUCUAUGAGGACAUAAAAAGGGACCCAAAGAAUGAGAUUCGGAAGGUGAUGCAGUUCAUGGGAAAGAACUUGGAUGAACCAGUGCUAGAUAAAAUUGUCCAGGAGACAUCGUUUGAGAAAAUGAAAGAAAAUCCCAUGACGAACCGUUCUACGGUCCCCAAAUCUAUCCUGGACCAGUCCAUUUCCCCCUUCAUGAGAAAAGGAACUGUGGGAGACUGGAAAAACCACUUCACUGUGGCCCAGAAUGAAAGGUUCAAUGAAAUCUAUAGGAAAAAGAUGGAAGGAACCUCCAUAAACUUCUGCAUGGAACUCUGAGCAUGUCGCAAAUAUAAAGGUGCAUGGGAGCUCUGCUCUGGAUUCAGUCCUGGAGGUCUGCCCAGUCACCAUCAAAAAAGAUGAUUUGAUGGCAACAGUGAUGCAGCAAAUCAAGCUCGGAGAUUCAGAAUGUUAACUCCUCCAUGCCCGCUGGCGGUUCUCCUAAACAGUUCUCCUAAUAACUCUGAGUGCUGCUUUUUGUUCCUCGGUGAAAUAAACAGUUUUCCUAAUAUCUCUAAGUGCUGCUUUUUGUUCCUCAGCGUCAUAAUUUCUGCAACAUUUUGGUGCCUUGGCCUCAAAAUGGAAUCAGACUGGCACUUUGAGCCACCGAUCUCAAGACAUUUUCCCCCAAGACA